AUGGCAUUGGGCACUUUAUACUACUAUCCAAACUCUCCGAGAAGCAGCUGGCUUCUCCCCCUAGCCAAGUACCUUCAGCUUGAAAUCCAGGCAAAAAGUCCUACUGAAGCGAUCGAGUUUCCUUCACUUUUCAUGUUAAAAAAGGCUCCAGCUUUUAUUUCCGAAAAUGGCUUCAAAUUGACCGAGAUGGUGGCCAUUGCCCUCUAUUUUGUUCAAAUUUCGGGAAAGAAGGAAUUUGCUGGAGUUACUGAUGAGGAAAAAGCUUCACAAGUAAAGUGGCUUUCUUUCCUCAAUAGUGAUUUUUUGUCUUCUGCAUAUUCGGUGCACACUGCAAACUCUGACGAGGAAAAACUAAAAUUUUUGGAAAAAGUCAAACUCAAUCUAGCUUUCGUUGAUGAGCAGUUGUCUAGAACGAAGUUCCUGGGUGGCGACUCUCCUUUGGUGUCCGACAUGUAUGCAUACAAAAUGCUUGCCUCCAUGAAAGCGUUCGGAUUACCAGUUGAAAACCCUGCCAACGUUGAAAGGUUCUACGAGGCCUUCAAGCAACACCCACUCGGAGAAUUGAUGGACAGCAAAUAG